AUGAACAUAAUAAAUAAUUUACCUCCUCCUACGCGAGAAGAAGAGAGGAAAAGAGUCGACGAGCAGCAUCAAGCGCUUCAGCAUCAAAGGAUUUUGGCCGAACGUCAACGGCACGACCGGGAAAGAUUUUACACCGCGCCAACAAGGCCGCCAAGUAAUCCAGCCAAACUGGAUUAUCCUCCGCCUGCGCAUAGUCGUCCAGGAAGUGCCAAGCCCGCUGAGAAACCGAUGGCUCACGCUCACACUGCUUUGCCGAAAGCAGAGCCUAAUUUUAGUCUUUUCGGUUAUCCGAAUUAUCCACCGGUAGGUUUGACUCAUGAGAAGGGAAGGCCCGAUGUUAAACCUCAUCACAGGCCCAUGGAAAGGGAUUUGCCGAAUCCUCCUCCGCUGACGGCUGAUUUAAAAAGUUCUGUGAUCGUUAAAAACGAAGGGAAAAACUCUCAUCAUAGUGAUGUUAAAAGUCAAACACAUUCCCCGAAGCCGCAACCUUAUUUAACGCCCACAACGAAUGCACACAAGCCGGCCGGAACUUACGACUACAGGAAUCCGACGCAGCCUCCGCAUCCUCUCUCUCAUCAUCAUAUAGAGCAAAAGCAUCAUAGACCCGUCACUCAUAAUGUACAUCAUCAGCGUCAGUCGCCUCAUUUGCCGACGACCGAGCAGCGGUUCAUUCCGGGAACCCCUUAUACUUCGAAACCUGCGACCGUCGGUUCCUAUCCGUAUCCAACGGCUCCAGUUACCGCCCAUUAUUCAAUGACUGCCAGUGUUAGUAGUUCAUCCAAACCGAAAGUUAGCAGUCCCGCUCCUCCUCAUAUUUACGGAAAACCCACUGCUGGCAUAACAACGGGAAUUCCGGUUUGUCGAACCCAAGACAUUGCUGCCGCUCCUUUGCCGUUAACGUCUAAAGCUUCUCCGUCCCCCUAUCAGCAAGUACCUCUACAUCAACCUCCCUCUGGCUCUCCCGUUGCGGGUGGGCCUCCUCCUCCUCCUGCUCACAGCAGUAGAACUAGCACGGUGCUCGAUGCUAGGCUCUAUCCUGGUCCACCGCCUGGAAUUGUUUCGGGUCUGGCAGUGAAACCUCCUCCACAACAUUUGGGUACUUCUCCUCCGACCGCAAGUGCUGCACCUCAUCCUGCUUCGCGGUCCUCUCCGUUGCAGGUUUCUCCGGUUCUUCACAACAGUUCUAAUUUUCAAACGCAACCUUUGGAUUUGGGCGUGUCUGAAAGGAGUAGUUCACCAAAGCGCAAGGGAACUCCGAUACCAAUAACAGCGGUGGACGCCGCUAAAAAACGACGUAACGAAUCCCCGCAACACAUUUCGUUGGAAGUUCCUCCGGCAACUUCGUCUCACGUUCAACCUCUGCUAUCAAGAGUCAGCGAGCCGAGUCCCUUAGUGGCGGGAGCUGCAACAACAAUCACGACGGUCGUCAAUGCAGCUGCUUACAUUACUCCGGCUAAUUUAGUUUUCACUCCCAACUCGGAACCUGCGUCGUCGGCUACUUCAUCAGUUACUAUUACUCCCGUACAAGCUCCGGCGAGAACCAAUUCGGCGGAUUCUACUAGACCUAGCAGCACGGGAAGUUCUGGCGUGCCGACUGUUUUGGCUCCUCAAGCUCGCGCGAGUCCCGUCUGUAGCAGUCCAGGUCUUUCCACGGGAACGCCAAUAAAAGUUACUCCGACAAGUGCAGAUUCUGAUAAAUCGAAUAGUCCUGGUCCGGUAAAAGCAUCAGCUUAUCCUGUACAUAAAUUGAAAAAAGCAUGGUUAGAAAGGCAUUCGGGGGAAGACGGAACCGAAGACAACGAAGGAGUGGUGGGAAGUGGUACAUGUGUGACGCUUCCAAUAACUUUAGACCGAGGUCGAACCACGCCAACUAUUUCAAAUACUACAAAAGAAAGUGUAAGUUGUGGGUUACCGAACGCAGUUAAUAGCAUAAGCAAGUCGAAAUCGUCCAACACUGGUAAAGCAAAUCGGAAGCCGAAUAACAAAGACAGUAAUUUAUUAAAUGGACACGUUGAAAUGUCAAAAUCUUCCCAUCCGGAUGAUUCUUCUAGUUCGGAUCAAGAAACUAGAAAAUCGCCAGCCAAAAGAAAAGCGAAAGUGAAAAAAAAGAAAAAAGGGGGCAAACGUAGCACGGCAGAAGACAAUAAAAAGAAAAAAGUUCCGGCGACGCCAGUGCAUAGUGAAAGCAGUGACAGUGAUAAAGACACGGGAAGUGAAAAGGAUUCAGACAGUGGGGCGAGUGCAAACUUGAGCGGUAGCAAGAGUAGAGCCGGAAACAUGAACAACUCGUCGAGCAGCGCGAGUAAAGAACCGAAGAAACGUGGCCGUCGACCUAAGAGUUCAAAAAACGAGCGAGAUGAGGAACCGCGGAACAAAAAGUCUCGGGACGAUCCGCCGGUUCCUUCACGUGACCCGUUCCGAAAGCCGCCGAUUUCGCAGUUGAAAAAAACAGGUGAAAGUUUUCUGCAAGACGGACCAUGUUUCGAGGUGGCUCCUAAAUUGGGAAAAUGCCGCGAGUGUCGGUGGACUCCGAAUCAAAGGUCAAAAAACAUGCCCAACAUUUUCUGUAGAUUUUACGCUUUUAGAAAACUUCGUUACACAAAAAACGGUCAACUAGCAAUUGCGGGAUUUUCGGAUCCCCACACCGAUCCCUCGGAAGAAGAUUUAAAACUAUGGCUUCCAUCGCCCGAUAAACCGCCGGCCGAUUUAGAUCUUGUCAUGUCUAGGUUUUUACUACAACAAGUCGGUGAUCAAUUUUGCGAUUUGCUUAAGCAGGAAAAAGAGGCCGUUUCGAUUCACAUGUCUGAAGAUAAAACGAUCGCGUGGAAGAGAGUCGUACAGGGAGUGAGAGAAAUGUGUGACGUUUGUGAAACAACUCUAUUUAAUUUUCACUGGGCUUGUGGAAAAUGUGGUUUUGUUGUUUGUUUGGAUUGUUACAAGGGUCGUAAAAAUGGUACAGUUAAAGUAUGGGGAGAACCUGGAAGAGACAGAGAUGAUUUUUCAUGGCUUCAAUGUACAAACCGUCAAGCGCACGAGCAAGAAAAGUUGAUGUUAACACAAAUCAUCGCAGGGGAUUCACUAAUGACUCUGGGUCGAAAACUUCACGAAGUUCGAAGCCUCUACAACAUUUCACAGUAUUGCGAUUGCCCUAUGAGCAAAGAAUUGAAAUCGAACGGGAUUUCAAAGGAUCUUUUGAAAAACAUAAUAAAGACUGAAUCAAUAAACGGGAUCAGAUCGGAUAAAAAGGAAUCCGAUAAAGAAAACAAAGGAAAGGGCAACGGUGGUAGUAAUAAUAAUAAUAAUAAUAAUAAUAAUAAUAGUAACGCAACAAAUGGCUCAACUGUUAAGACUGAAGGAAGUAAAAAUUCACCGUUGAAUAAUUGGAUGGGAGAUUCCGGAGGAGAUGAUAAAAAGAAAAGCGAUGAUUUGAGUAGCGUGAGCGAUUCGGAUUCGGACAAGGAAGAAAAUUAUUCGACUCUGAGAGAGCUUCUCAUAAGGCCGUCGCAUAAGCCGAACGGCGGAGGAACCGGAAGUCCGCCGCCUCAAUCCCCUCAAUCGGAUAAGAAAAAGCAAAAGAAUGAAAAUAUCGACGAGUUAAUAUCAAGCGCUAUAGAGAAAAGCAUGGCGGAAAUGAACGAAGAACGUGAUUCAAUGUUGGCAUCGCCGGAAAAGGGGCCAGAGUUAAAACACUUCGUCAGACUGAACAUACACAAAUGGACUGAAAGAGGUGAUUCCAUGACGUUGCCUCGUAGAGUCAUGACUUUGGCAGAAAGCAAACAACUUUACCCUGGGGUUCCUCACUCGUGGCUGUGCGAUGGAAAAUUGCUUAGGCUCAACGAUCCGAGUUGUCCGAAUAAUUACAAAAUCUUUCAGGAUCAGUGGAAGCGAGGUCAACCCGUCAUCGUUCGCGACGUGUCAAAAAAUCUCGACAUGUCUUUGUGGCAUCCGGAUUCGUUUGCCGAAGAUUUCGGAGACGAUAAAAACGAUCUUAUAAAUUGCAUGACGGGGAAAAUAGUUCCUAACCAACCAAUGAGAAAGUUCUGGGAAGGUUUCGAACAUUUUUCAAAAAGGUUAAAAGACGAAAGGGGAAAUCCGAUGCUUUUAAAAUUGAAAGACUGGCCUCCGGGAGAAGAUUUUGCCGAAAUGUUACCAUCUAGAUUUAACGACUUGAUGAAGGUUUUACCCCUCUCGGAAUACACGCACAGAAACGGUCGUUUAAAUCUCGCGAGCCGAUUACCAGAAUGUUUCGUGCGCCCUGAUCUCGGACCAAAAAUGUACAACGCUUACGGAUCCGCUUUGCAUCCGGACAAAGGAACGACAAAUUUACACUUGGACAUAUCGGAUGCCGUCAACGUCAUGGUUUACGUUGGAAUACCUAAAGACGGAGACAACGAAGAACACAUAAAAGAAGCAUUUCGUGCAAUCGACGAAGCCGGUUGCGACAUAUUGACGAGAAGAAGAGUUAGAGAAAAAGGUGAAUUCCCCGGAGCUCUCUGGCACAUAUACAACGCGAGAGAUGCGGAUAAAAUAAGGGAUCUAUUGAAUAAAGUGGCAAUAGAAAAAGGAGCAAGGUUGGAACCUCAUCACGAUCCGAUACACGAUCAAGACUGGUACCUGGACGGUCCGCUAAGGGUCCGAUUGUACGAAGAAUACGGUAUAGAGGGUUACGCGAUCGUUCAGUGUUUAGGCGAUGCCGUUUUCAUACCGGCCGGUGCUCCCCAUCAGGUUCGAAAUCUUCACAAUUGCAUGAAAGUCGCAGAGGAUUUCGUGUCGCCGGAAAACGUGUCUCACUGCUUCCACAUGACCCAAGAAUUUCGCGAUCUUUCGGACAAGCAUCUCAAUCACGAGGAUAAAUUGCAAAUAAAAAACAUUAUUUAUCACGCGGUCAAAGAUUCGCUAUCGGUUCUCAUGGGAGUCAAAAAUUCAGUCAAAGUCGAAGAGAAAACGUCGUCAACGACGACGUCGUCAUCUUCGUCGUCGUCGUCGGACAAAGAGGAAACGUCGGAAACGACCAACAAAACGAUUAUAGCGGAAGAUAAAAUCAAAAAGGAAUCAACGUGCAACAACACGUGA